AUGGCAAAAUCCUGGUUGCCUCAUCUAAUUACCUGCAUAUGCUGUAAUGCAAGAUUGUUUCAUCAUGAAUCACAUGACACGUGUUAUAAUGGUGGAAAUGUGUCAUUCUCGCGAGUUGAUGCUCCUAUAGAAUUGCAACAAUUAUUUUUGGAUGGUUCAGCUGAAGGAAAACAUUUCAGGCAACAUAUUCGAAGUUAUAACCAUGUGCUUUCAUUCACUUCAAUUGUUGUUCACGUUGAUGAGAAUAUUCUUGCAUCUGGUCGUGGUAUAUACACAUUUCGUUCUCAAGGUGCUUUUUACCAUAACAUAGGAGGUUUAUAUCCAAAUGAGGGUGUCAGGCCGCGUUUCUUACAACUAUACAUCUAUGACACCGAUAAUGAGCUACAUAAUAGAAUGCAGGAAAAUCCACAGCUGCACCAAAAUGUAGUUCAUAACUUACAGAAAAUGCUCCAUCAGUUUAAUCCUUUUGUAAUUAGGUUCAAGCAACUGUCAAUACUUCCAAAUAUCAGUGAAUGUAGCCUCAUACUUAAGGAGCGUCCAAGUAGUCACCAUCAAUACAAUCUUCCAACUGUUGAACAAGUUGCAGAAAUUAUUAUUGGAUGUGAUGCAGAUUCUAUGGAUUAUGGAAGGGAUAUUAAUGUCAUUCAUUGUGAUGGAAAUCUCAAGAAAGUUCAAGAGACAAAGGGAUAUUAUGAUCCUUUGCAAUACCAUAUUCGCCCAAAUGAUCAAUCAAUAUUGUUAAAUGCGGUUCGACUGUUGCAACAAUAUGUUGUAGACAGUUAUGUCAAAAUUGAAUCAGGGAGAUUAAGGUGGAUUAAAGAGCACUAA